GCUCAUUGUUGAAAGGUCACCCUCAUCAUUAUAUCACUACUAUGGCUCCCCUGGUACUUUAUUUCCCCCCCUCCCUCUCACGUCCCUCCACCGGCUUCUCCGGAUAUCCACUCCCUCGCAGACCCUUUCGAUCCCUCUUCGUCUGUUCUUGUUCUUCUUCCCCAUCUAUACGGCCUUGUAUCUCUCCCCCGAAUGAUAGAUAGAUACCUGUCGCAACCAAUAAACUAGCUUGUGCUGGGGACACUCUCGAUUAUCAGCCUACUCGCAGACUCAGAAAUUACAAUCAAUUACCAUCACAAUGGCUCUCAGCAGAGUUGCAAUGGGCUUCCUAGGCCUGUUCUUCACGGCCGGUGCUCUUCUGUUGAUGUUCCUGACUUUGUUGGGCGGAGCGAGAAACUCGCGGCCCUUGAACGAAAUCUUCUUCCUGCAGGUCGACACCAGCAAUAUCCCAGGUGCCCCAUCCCUAUCUCGCUGGACGUUCUGGGAGAUAUGUGCAGUGACGGCGAAUGGAAAGAAUCUAUGCGGAUCGUCGUACCCAGACUUCCCGUUUGAUCCUCCGAGCCACCGCAACUUUGACACCACUCAGAACAUCCCCUCUGCUUUCAUUGGCACGAACCACUACUUCCUGACAUCUCGGUUCUCGUUCCCCUUCCUCAUCAUCGCGCUAUUCUUUGGCGUGGUGUCGCUGUUCACUGGGUUCCUGGCCAUGUGCACGCGCAUUGGCAGCUAUGUAUCUUCGCUCAUGGCUUGGAUCGCCUUGGUUUUCCAGAUCAUCACGACUUGCCUCAUCACGGCUGUUUACGUCCAGGGCCGCAACAAGUUCAACGCCAAUGGCCAGAGCGCCAGCGUGGGUGUUAAGGCUUUCGCUUUCAUGUGGACUGCUGUGGCUUGCUUGAUGCUUGCAUGCAUGUUCUAUUGCAUGGGUGGUGCUGUCGGACGCAAAGAAAGAGGAUACAGUGGCCGUGAGCACCGCCGGCGCGGUUUCUUCUCGUCCGCACGCUCAAACAGCGUAAGAAGCAACAAGGAGACUGCGCCAUAAAUUCGACAUGGUCUUGUUUCCUGGAUGUUACCCAAGCGGAAAUGAAAGAACUGGGCUAUAGUAUUUCGUCGAUGCCUACUACAGUACAACGACUUCUGUCACAAUUGUCUAGGUAUCGGCUGCAAGCCUAUUUCGUCCC